AUGGCCAACAAUAGUGUCAAUAUAUUGGACAAGCAAACAGACGACAACAUCUGUGCCACGGAAAAUGACGACAAUCAACCGAAAACUCCUGGCAUCCCUUUAUCCAGAAAACUCUGCUAUGCAGUUGGAGGAAUGCCUUAUCAAAUGACAGCAACCGCCAAGGGCUUUUUCAUGCAGAUCUUUUUACUGGAUGUUGUGAAGAAUGUUUCGGAUCCUCUGAUUGGAUAUGCCGUGAGCAAGAGUGGCCGGACCAGAAUUGGCAAACUUAUUCCUUGGAUUGUGUUCACAAUGCCACUUGGGGUCCUGUCAUACGUUAUGCUCUGGUAUACCCCACAGGACACCAUGUCCUCUGCCUUCAGUUUCGGCUGGUACUUCACAUGGUGCUGUCUGUUUGACACCUUCAUGAGUGUAAGCCCACUAUUACCAUUAUCUCUGAAAUCUAUUUCCUGUAUAAAAAAGAACUUUGUUCUCUCUCACGAUACAGGAAUGGGCAUGGAAGUGUUCGCUACACUGGCAGGAGCUGCCAUUCAGGGUCAGAUAGUGGGGGUGCACCAUGCCAAGAGGACACACGUCUGCAGUUUACAGAAUGGCACGCAAGGGCCUUCUGGGAACCACACAGACUCACUGGAUGACAUAUCUGACACUCUACAAAAUACAAGAAGAGCCUAUUUGACUGGAGCAUUAGUAUUAGGAAUGCUGUACUUUCUGUGCUGCCUCGUGCUUUUUCUUGGAGUGAAGGAGCAGUUGGCCCCUCUGAGUAAACUGGACCGCAUAAAUGUCCCCUAUCUAACUGGAAUGAAGAUGGUGGUGAGACACACUCCAUAUGUGUGGCUUGUAUUUGGCUUCCUAUUUGCUUCACUUGCCUUCCAGAUGGCUCAGGGGAAUUUCGCCCUCUUCUGUACUCAUGCAGCGAAUAUGGGAGCAUAUUUCCAGCAUCUUGUUCUUAUAUUACUGACAUCAGCUACAAUAUCCAUCCCAAUGUGGCAGACACUACUGGUCAAAAAAGGCAAGAAGACCACCAUAUUCAUCGGCCUAUCAAUUUAUAUCCCAGCUCUAAUUGUGAUAUCCGUAGUGAAAAAUAAUUUACCCGUCUUCAUUAUUAUGUCCAUGCUAUCUGGCACAAGUCUGGCAGCCCUCUAUCUACUCCCUUGGUCAAUGUUGCCAGAUGUAGUGGAUGACUUCAAAGUCAAGAACCCAUCAUGCCAGGAUCUAGAACCAUUGUUCUACUCCUGCUACGUUUUCUUCAACAAAUUUGGAGGAGGCAUGUCUGUUGGAAUCUCUACUUUGGUACUACACUUUGCAGGAUACAAGUCUGGUGCUUGUAAACACAAUCCAGAGGUCAUAUAUUCGCUGCAGAUGCUCUUCGCUCCGGUGCCAAUCUGCCUGCUGCUCAUUGGCAUGGUGAUUUUUCGCUUCUAUCCCAUCAAUGAAGAGCGACGACAGAAAAUCCAGGACGCAUUAAGGAAAGCAGGGACAGAGACCGGCUUGAAAGGAGAAGAAGAGCUGAGCCUAUGAAGUAAUCAGUGGCUUUCUCUACUUUUGUAACUGCUGAACUGUUGAUCAUGAACGUGCUUUGUUUUCAUCUCAGUGUAAAGGCUGUUUCAUUGUGCAUUGUGAAUAUUUUUCAGUCUUGCUUCAGGGGACCUCAACCCCAUUUAGGAGUCUCACUAAUCAUACACACACAUUUCAGGUCAGGGAGAUCUCUAUACUAAUGAGCUGAAUUAGAUGAAUAAAAGAGACAUUCAAAACGUGCAGUGCUAUGGGGCCCCAUAGGACUAGAAUUGAGAAACAUUAGUGCACUUAAAUGUGCAGUGUGCAAUUUCCGCACCAUAUACAGACAAACAGAUACUCCUGCCUCAAACCCAUAUUAAGCCAGUGUUGCUGUGUGAAAAGUGUUUAUAUCAACCAGUGAAUAAACCAGCAAAUGGUUUACUGAUAACGGUCUCUGCAUAUUACAGUUCUUUAAAAUUGCUAACUAAAACGUUUUAGGCUAUUUGAGGCACAUUCAGUGAAAGCAUUCACUCAUAUAGUGAAUCUUCAGACCAAGUCUGCAGAACUGCAAGCACAUUAUCUGUUCUUGUAUUUAAUUAGCAAAAAACUGCUAUUUAAAUGCCACACUUAAUUAUUGAUUACUUACACCUAAUGAUCAUGUGUGAAAACUUUUAUACAUGAUACACAAUAUGUAAAUCUAC